AUGCACUACUACGAGCUAGCUAUUCGCUUUGUCACCGGCCUGAUCGGAUCAUCCAUGGUGAACGCUGCAGUGCCUAACAUAAAAUAUCUAGGCUCCGCUACGAUUCUUACCGAUAACGAUCUGGGUGCCUUGUGCACAAACUCAGGUCCUAUCCUCAGCGCCAAUGUAUCUUCUCCUGUACCCUCCCUUCAACUUAACGUGCAAUCUGGCAAACAAAGCAUCACAGGCUUCCGCGAUUUCUACACCUUCCAGUUCCGGGGGAUACGCUUCUCGUCCCAACCUGAGCGGUUCACAUUCUCACGUCUUUAUGAAGGUGAAGGCGAAGUCGACGCAACGAAGUACGGUCCAGGAUGCGUACAGGCCCCUGAGGCACGGUGGCCGGAACUGAGUGAGGACUGUCUAUUCCUGAACGUAUGGACGCCUUAUGUGCCCGCUGACGGACCUUCCAAGGGAAAAUUGAAGGCUGUCAUGGUGUGGCUCUACGGCGGUGGCAACCUCGCAGGUACCGGCACUGAUCCAGAGAAGGAAGGUGGCAACCUUGCUUCCCGUGGAGAUGUUGUAGUUGUAACGUUCAACUACCGGCUCGGCAAUUUAGGCUUUCUGCCUUUCAUCGAUGGUGUGCACAAUGGCAACUAUGCAAUUUCUGACAUGAUUACGGCGUUGCGUUGGGUGCAGAAGAAUGUUGAGAACUUUGGCGGUGAUCCAAAUCGAGUAACGAUAUGGGGCGAAAGCGCUGGUGCUGUCAACGUACGGUCGCUGUUAGCCAUUCCGCAGGCGGAGGGCCUGUUUCAUGGAGCGAUAAUGCAAAGUAUGCCAGGAGAAAAUACUGGACCAGGAGCGGAGACCACGCAGUGGGACACCCCAUCCGCAAUAUACGCCCGAAUAACUAAGAAGGUCCUUCAAGAGAGCGGAUGCUCUGACGUGCUAGACGAAGUCGCCUGUCUCCGCUCCUACGACGCACUUAAAUGGUUCACCGAGCCCUCCUGCACGCAAGCCAUCGGCCCCAUCCGCGAUAACAAUUUCAUCUUCACGCGAGCCCUUCCCCUCUCCGGACAUCUUUCCAAAAAACACAAUAUCCCCGUCCUCAUCGGCGUGAACCGCGAUGAGAUAUCCUACUACUUCACCACGCCCACUACAAACUUCACCUCCAACCUGCUCCUCAUCACCGCCAUUGCAGGCUUCGACCUUACGCACCUCUCGAACUCCUCGUUUUCUCCUGAGAGGUCACCAGUAUGGCCUUCUCUCACAGAGGAAGAGAAACAAGCUGCUGUGUUCAACGCUACAAACACCAUAGCUACACACCUCUUCUUCACCUGCCUCACCCACGCCUUCGCUUACUCCGCCACCCACAACUCCAUCUUCACCGCCGCCUACGAGUUCCAGUUCAAUCGCACGUACCAGACUCCCCGCUUCGGUGACGCCGCACGCCCGAUAUGCGGGAGGGAUGUAGACAAUCCGAAUGAAGAGGAAUACUACAAAUGUCACGCGGGGGAGGCGCCGUAUACCUUUGGGAACAUCCUACAGCAGGGGUGGAAGGAUAGGGAUGGGCAGGAUACGGCAUUUGCGAGGUUAGUGGUGGAUUGGUGGAGUGGGUUUGCGAGGACAGGGACCAUGAAGGCUGAGGAGGGGUGGUUGGAGGCAAGGGGGUUUGCGGAGAGUGUGCAAAAGAUGAAGGAGGCUGGCGCAUGGGCUGGGCAUAGAGGUGUGGUUAUGCGGUUGCAGUGGAGUGGCUUGGGUAAGGUGUUGAUUGAUGAUGAUAGUGUUGAGUGUGAGGAGUUGGGCCUGGGGAAGGAUUUUUAUGAGGUAUAUAAUUAUGGAGAAGCUUAG